UAGUCAUUGCGAAUAUAACGUGUAAUUGUCGUGUCAUGGUAAACAACGGUCUAUAUAUAUUUAUAUAUCACAUAUCUCGUGUCAGUAUUGAAUUGUACUGACGAGUGGUUGAUAGUUGCUUUGUGAAGCCAUUUUCUUUUUAAAUAAUUCGCAAUUCGAACUUCAAAGCCAUGGUGGAAGUUAAAGUGGAACAAGGUCGUCUGGAAGGAGAGUUGGUGGAGACAGUGACCGGAGAUGGGAAGUACUACAGCUUUAAAGGCAUCCCCUACGCCCAACCACCGUUGGGGAAACUGAGGUUCAAGGCUCCUCAACCGCCUCUACCCUGGGACGGCGUCAGGAAAGCGACAGAAUUUGGCCCAAAAUGUCCGCAGAAGUGCAUUUUCACAAACACUGUGCAGUUGGGAAACGAAGACUGUCUGUACUUGAAUGUGUACAGCCCUGACAUAAAGCCGGCUACUCCACUGCCAGUCAUGGUAUUCAUCCACGGUGGAGGUUACAAAAGUGGUUCUGGAAACGACGAUUUCUAUGGACCAGACUUCCUGGUACCACAUGGAGUAGUCCUGGUAACCUUCAACUACAGACUCGAAGUACUCGGCUUCUUAUGCUUAGACACCAAGGAAGUUCCCGGCAAUGCUGGCUUAAAGGACCAGGUCGCUGCACUCCGAUGGGUGCAAAAGAACAUCAAAAAUUUCGGUGGAGAUCCGAACAAUGUUACAGUUUUUGGAGAAAGUGCUGGCGGUGCAUCCACCUGCUUGCACAUGAUCUCACCCAUGUCUAAAGGACUUUUCAAGAAAGCCGCUCCAAUGAGUGGUGUACCUCUAUGCGAUUGGUCUCAAGCUUUCUACCCACAAAAACGUGCCUUCCUACUCGGGAAAGAUUUAGGUUUUGAGACCGACGAUCCUGAUAAACUUCUAGAAUUCCUACAAACUGUGCCAUCAGACAAACUUAUAGAUACAAAUCCAGUGGUACUAUCCUUUGAAGAUUACAGCAAUAAUAUACUAAAGCUAUACCACUUCACUCCAGUCGUGGAAAAAGAUUUUGGUGAUGGUGAAAACUUCUUAACUGAAGAUCCUAUCGAAGCAUUAAGACAUAAGAGGAUUACUGAUGUCGAUGUACUGAUUGGUUUUACGAGCCAAGAAGUCCUGUUAGGAAUACCAAUGUAUGAAGAAAAGUUCUUGAAGCAUUACAACCGAUUCUCAGAAGUAUUGGUACCAAGAAAGAUCCUUAUGAAAAGUCCUCCAGAAAAGAUUUUGAAGAUAGCGGAGAUGAUCCAAGAUUUUUAUUUCAAAGGAAAGCCUCUCACAUUCGAUGUUAUGAAGGAAUUUGUGACUUACGCUAACCACGCGUGCUUUACCUAUGAUGUCAAUAGAUUUGUGACACGUCUGCCGAAGGUUGGAGCGGGUCGAAGAUACAUGUACCGGUUCUCUAGUUUCUCUGGUAGAAAUGUCUAUGGAGCUCUUGGAUUGAAGUACGGGAUCCGCGGAGCUUCGCACUUGGAUGACCUGAUGUACCUGUUCCAUGCGAAGGCGCAUGAUAUUAAGCUAGAAAAGAAUACGAAAGAAUACGAGCUGGUUAAGAUGGUGUGCUCUGUUUUCACCAACUUCGCCAAAUACGGAAACCCAACUCCUGACUCCAGCCUGGGUAUAACCUGGCCUGAGUAUGACAACAAGACUGAGCAGUACGUGGACAUAGGAGACAGCCUGGAGAUCAAGACAGCAGCUGAAGACGAAUUGCAAGCUUUGGCCUUCUGGAAGAAAGUAUUUGAAUACGCUGGAAUAGAGUAUUGAGAAACUUUGGUUGUCUACAAAACUAUGUAUUGUAACUAUAAUUGUUAUAAACUUGCAUUAAGAAAAAAUAUAUAAUAACUAAUAAUUUCA